UUUGCGUUAGGGCAGUGGAUCAGCUGCAGGGAGCCGUGAGAUGAAGAGCUGCAGGUAAACCUGUCUCCUGACGUACCGUACCUCCGACUCAUAACUUCAUGUUUGAGCUAACGACACAAAACGGACCCUGUUAAAAGUCACAACAGUUUCGAUGCGCAGUUUAUUUUCUUUAAAAGAAUAAAACACUUUUAUUACAGAGGUGAAAAUCAUAUUCCCACAGCCACAGAUGAAGCUUCGUUCCAUCAAUAACACGGGUGGUGACUUCAGACUUUUUUAUUCGGUGGCAGCCAUAUAUCUUUCAUCACACACACACACACACACACACUUAGAGCUGGUGAAUGAGCGUGGAUGUACAUCCCUGGUAAAUAGAUUUACUCAGACAGAGGCUGCAGAUCCACAGAGACAGGAGGAGUCAGUUAUUCUAUAUUCCCAGUUUGAUCACCGUGUUUCACGCACAUGUGAACGCUGGGAUAUUAAACUGAAUGGACAUGAAACUGUUUUAAAAAAAAAAUUAUUUCCCAGCGGAAAAUGUGUUUAUAAUUACAUCAAACAUGGACUUUCCAGACUUUUUGUGCUGCGCUGGUCUGUAACAUCUGUGCGGAGGCUGCCAUGUUGGAUCACCACGUUUUGACGACAGCCUCCAGGGGACAGACUAAUAAGCACUAGAUACAGAUGUUUCUAAAUUCAACACAGCUCACCUUUGGCUCCGAUCCUUGAAUGUCUGACGUCUGUCCCAGUCUCAGUCCGCAGGUCUUAUUUUUGUCAAUACCAAUCAGCAGCAGUUGCAGGUCCAUGAAGCAGGAGAAGCUCAUUUAAAGCCCAGAUAUUUAGAAAUAGAAAUCCCACUCUCCAUGAGCAAAUACAAUUAUCACAAGAUACAAAGUUACAUAGGUUAAAUUAAAAAGACUUUCACAGAAGAACCUCAAGCUUUAAAUUCCAUCCACCGUCUCCUGACUAAAAUCCAACAGCUCUGUGAUCGUUAAUACUUCUACAUAUUUUUCCACAUCAAUAAUUCCAUCAUUUGUCAUAAACAACAGCAGAAAUGUGUUUUGUCUUAUUCAGAAAAGAUUAUUUAUCUAGUUAAACCAUGAGAAAAGGAGAUUAAUUUCCAUCAAAUUUGACUGUGAUAAAUUACAUGACGAUUAAUUGUGAUUAAUUAAUACCAAGCUAGCUAGUUUUGCUAGCUUUUGCUAACACUGGUGUUGUUGUCCUAUGUCUGACUUCCAAUCAGCUACGACUUUUACUGAUUUUACUCUUUAUCCCGUUCUUCAUUUUAUUAAUCCUAUUUUUCUUCCUCAUUUAUAUAUGUUUAUAUUUUUUAUUCUUGUUGUUUUUACUCGCGGUCCUGCUAUUUUUUACUUUCCUCCAGCUUUCUUUACCAGUUUGCACUAUUUCCUACUCGUAAUUCUUCAGAUGUUAUUCUUAGUUUUACUCUAAUUCAGUCCAUUCAUCUAGUGUAAGAACUCUUAGUCUUUAUUUAUGUCUUUAUUUUUGUCUAUAAUGUCUAAACACUUGAGGACACUCAGUCUGCUCAACUGUUGAGACAGUGUUCAGUGACGUCACAGCACCGCUGUUACUUGACUGGUAUUUUCCCAUGAACUGACAGAAUCUCACCCCACACCACGGAGCUGAUGAGGUCCGGUGUACAGUGAACUCUCCCAGCCGCCUUCCUCCUCCUCUUACUCCUCCUCCUCCUCCUCCUCCUCCUCCUCCAGCUUACUCUCAGUCUCCUCCGUGUUUCUGUCUGUGCAGAGGCGAACAGUCAAUGGGACAGAGCUCAUCCGCCUCCGGACCGUCGGUGCUGGAGUCUCUUUCAAACUGUGGCCGCUGGGAAUGACGUGUGGACUGUUGUUUGUCAGUGAGCAGAUCUGAAGCUCCGUGAACCUCAGUGUCUCCGUGACAUCAGACACAAGAAGAGAGAGAAGAAAGUCUGUGGAAUUAAGUGAAGCUGCGGAGACUCCUUUUUGCGCGUCAAGAUGCUCGGGCUGAGACGUCACCCUGCAGCGGCGCUGACGCUGGUUAAUGUGCUGUGGACGUGUGUGUUGACCUUCAACGUGGACCAAAAGAACGGCUUGUCAUUCAGCGGCCCGCUGGAGGACAUGUUUGGAUACACUGUCCAGCAGUUUGAGAACAGCGAGGGAAAAUGGGUUCUGAUUGGUUCACCACUGUCAGGUCAGCCUGCCAAACGGACAGGAGACGUCUACAAGUGUCCUGUGGGGAAGAAGGACAACACGUGUGUCAAACUGGAGCUGCCUAAGAACACGACGGUCCCUAACUUACAUGAAGUGAAGGACAAUAUGACCAUGGGAACCACACUGGUGACCAAUCCCAACGGAGGAUUCCUGGCCUGUGGUCCUCAGUACGGCUACAUGUGCGGCCAUCAGCAGUACAUCUCAGGAGUCUGCGCUAACGUCAGCUCUUCCUUCCAGAUCCUCAACUCUGUAGCACCGGGGGUGCAAGUGUGCGCGAAGGAGCUGGAUAUCGUAAUGGUGUUGGAUGGAUCCAACAGUAUCUACCCCUGGAACAGUAUCAUUGAUUUUCUACAGCGUUUCAUUGAGAACAUUGUGAUUGGCCCCAAACUGUCACAGGUGGGAAUCGUGUCCUACGGUGAGACUGUGACCCACAGGGUCAACCUUAGUCAGUUUGACAACACAUUGGAUCUGCUGGAGUUUGUCAAAGACCUUCCUCAGCAGACGGGGUUCAAGACCAUGACCUUCAAGGGCAUUGACACUGCCAGGAAAGAAGCCUUCAUGCCUGAGCGUGGUGCACGACCUGGGGUGAAGAAGGUCAUGGUGAUAGUCACUGACGGUGAGUCACAUGACUUUCACAAUCUGGACAGUGUCAUGAAGGACUGCGAUGACGACGGCAUCGAGAGGUUUGGCAUUGCUGUUUUGGGAGACUACAACCGUCAGAACAAAAGUGCUGAUGAGGUGCAGAAGUUCAUCAAGGAGAUCGAGUCGAUCUCCAGUCCACCUUUGAAGGAUCACUUCUUCAACGUGUCUGAUGAAGUGGCCUUGUUGACUAUUGUUGACGCUCUGGGCAGCAAGAUUUUUGCCCUGGAAGCCACCAAGGGCAACUUCACGACCUCCUUUGAGAUGGAGAUGUCCCAAACUGGGUUCAGUGCUCAUACGUCCAAGGAUGGUGUCAUACUGGGGGCUGUGGGUGCGUAUGAUUGGAACGGCACGGUGGUGAUGUAUACUGGGAAAGAAACUAUUGUUCCAGAGAAUAACCAGUUUUAUGACCCGAAGACUGAAGCUGGAUAUGAAAGGCUGGCUGGAUAUCUAGGUUAUGACGUUCAGUCAGCAUCCACCCCUGACGGAGUCCUGUACAUCGGCGGUGCCCCGCGAUACAACCACACAGGUCGAGUCGUUAUCUAUCGCCUGAACAAAGCCAACAACAUUGUGGUGACACAGAUAAUAAAAGGAGAGCAGAUCGGCUCCUACUUUGGCAGUGUGCUGCAGACCGUGGACGUAGACGGCGACUCCUACACCGACCUCCUCCUGGUCGGAGCUCCCAUGUACAUGGGCUCAGAGAGAGAUGAGCAGGGACAGGUCUAUGUUUAUAGAGCUGAGGGUGGCCACUUUAAACAUGAGUUCACUUUAAAGCCCAUCAACCAGUCCUGCUGCACUUCCCAUUCAGCCACCUGCACUAAUAAAAAUGAACCAUGUGGAGCCCGGUUUGGUACCGCUAUCGCAGCGGUGUCAGAUCUCAACCUGGACGGGUUCAAUGACGUGGCCAUCGGUGCACCACUGGAGAACGACCACCGCGGAGCCGUCUACAUCUAUCACGGAGAUAAGACGUCCCUGAAGGAGAAGUUUGUGCAGCGAAUCCCUGCAGGCGGUGAUGGUAAAAAGGUGAAGUUCUUCGGUCAGUCCAUACAUGGAGUCAUGGAUCUGAAUGGGGAUGGAAUCACCGACGUGACCAUAGGAGGUCUGGGGGGGGCGUCUCUGUUCUGGUCCAGAGACGUCGCAGAACUUCACGCCAACAUGACCUUUGACCCUGUUAAAAUAAACCUGCAGCAGUCUCAGUACCAGUGUGAGCACGGCGGACGGAAAUCUGUGUGUGUGAAGGCCGAGGUGUGCUUCGUCUACAGCAUCAAAUCUGACAAAGCCAACGACGACUCUGACACAGUGAUCCACUACGACCUGAACCUGGAUGCUCUGCGUGCCAAAGCCAGGGCAUCGUUUAUGAACUCAGAUGAUCGCAGGAUUACCAAGAACUUCACCAUCAAAGAAAGAGAGAGAAAGUGCAUCCAGGAGACCUUCAUAAUGUCGGCCCGUCUGGAUUUCCGUGACCCGCUCAUGGUGUCUCUGGAAUUUGGCCUGGCCAAUGAAGACCAAGGCCCCGUCCUGGACGAAAGCCUGCCUCGAUCCAUUAAUAAGACGAUCCAUUUGGUGGACUGUGGCAGUGAUGAGAGGUGCAUCGCUGACCUCUCCCUCAGAGCACAGCCAAGUGUCAGCAGCAUGAUCAUCAGAGCCUCCAAGGACAAGUUCGAUGUGAACAUAAACAUCAGGAACAGCAAAGACAACGCCUACAACACCAAGAUCAUCCUCAGCUUCACACACAACAUCAACUACGUUAAAGUGGAGCCUGAGAAGGACUGCUCUCUGGAUAACUCUAAAGUGGAGUGUGCUGUUGGAUAUCCAUUCCUGGGAAACAAUUUCGAGGAAACGUUCAAAGUGAAAUUUGAGGUCAAUCCCUAUCAUGUUCAAGAGGAAAUCCUGAUCAAUGUCACAGCCACGAGUGACAGUGAAGAGUUGGCGUCGACCCUGAACGAUAACUCAGUGCAGAUUUCCAUCCCUGUAAAGUACGAGGCUGGACUGGUGUUCUCAGUGCGACCUGUGGACGAACACAUCGUGGUAAAGGAAGGUGAGCAGUACGCUCGGGUUUUCAAUGACACCAGGAUGAUUGGAGAAGAAGUCAACAUCAGCUACACGGUGGAGAAGACGAGUGAUGCAGUGACUCCACCCCUGCACCUGACAGUGACCUACCCUCACCUGUCUCCCCGACAGAACAAUCUACUCUACCUCACACAUGUCACCACCAGCCCUCAGGUUUACUGUGAUGCAGCGCGCUGGAUUAACCCUGAUAAAAUUAACCCAAAUAUCGUCAAGCCUGAUCCAAACAAGGAAUCCCUCAGUGUCUUCCUACUGAGCUGUUCUGCAGAAUUGUCCUGUGCGUCGUUCACUUGCUCCAUCCCUGAGGACAAAUUCAGUCAGGUCAAUGUCACGUUCAGAGUGUGGAAACCUACAUUUAUAAAGGGCGAGUUUAGCAGUCUGCACAUGUUAGUGAAUGGAACUCUGGAAGUCAGAGAUAUCAGUCUGUUUGUACUGAACAGCAGCGACAAGACCAGAACUGUGAAGAUCCAGGUUUCUAAAGAGACGUUAGGAGGGAUCCCCAUAUGGGUCAUUAUAGUGAGCAUCCUGAUUGGACUGCUGAUCUUAGCGCUCGUUAUCUUUGCUCUUUGGAAGAUGGGCUUCUUCAAGAGGAAAUCCAGAGACUACACAAAGGAAGAAGUCAUGGACUGAGGUAUCAGGACAGCUCUGUGAGCUCACUGCUGUCAAACCCAUCGACUCACGGCGACACAGGAGGGACGGAGACCCACCAUGGCCUCAGUGCUGGGACACACCAGCUGCCUUCACUGUCUCCCACAAAGGGUUUAACACUGUUUCCAAAGACUCCCAGACUAUUUCAUCAUUCAUCACGUACAUCACUCUCUUAAAAACAACUUUGUGACAGAAUAUUCUCACCUUUGCCAAUUAGUCUUGUAUAUACUGUAUAGCAACAGCUCCAGUGUUGUGUUUCCAUGUAAAUGGCAAUAAGGUUGACUUCCUCCCGUCAGAUUUAAAUGUUGUUGAGGAGGACGAGCCAUAAAGAAGAGGACGCCGGCAUCACUGAUCAGGCAACUCAAGGUCAAAGACAGCAGCUUCACAGAGGUCUCCCAGCUACAACCUGUACAUGUACGCUCCAACUGUAGAGGGAAAAGUACUCAGGUUUUUGUUUUUAGUUCCGCCUCACUUCACCUCCAAAUCUGUGUCGUAACAAUCAUGACGUUCGAAAGAUGUGUUUGCCUCUGAGUUGAUGAUGUGAACUCAGACUCCUGUGUUGAAGAACACUGUGGGUUUUUUUAGCGUUUUGUAUCGUUUUGUUUGAUGGAUUGGUUUUUUUACCAUAUAAUGUGGCACAUUCUUGAUAUUGAGUUUAAAUGACCCUGACCUGAACUGGGGGCGUUACCAAAGUUGUAUGCUUUUGUUUUUUUAACAUUUUAUCUUUUUUUUCUUAAUCUUUUUUUUUUUUUAGAAAAAUAUAUUGUGCCUUUUCUGAUGUUUAUGUUUGUAAUUAAUUUCACCUUUGUCAUUUAAAAAAAUAUAAAAAUCUACACCUUUGAUUGUACUGUAAAUAUGGCUCUGGGCUGAAAAGUGUAAAGCGUAAAAAUGUACAUAAUUGUCUUUGCUUAAAUUUGUGUAAAAUAAGAGAUAUUAUCAGCCAGCCUUAUAAGUAUGUGUGUGUGAGUGUGUUGGUAAUGCCAUACUUGUGGGUACAUUGUUUUGAAAAAAUACUAUUGUAGUGGGGACAUGUUCUUGUGGGGACAUUUCGUACAUUCCCGCUGAGUGAGUGUGUUUUUAGGUUUAAGAUUUAGUUUGAAGUUGGGAUUAGAAUUAGUCUUACUAGAGUCUUUAGGAUUAGACAGAUAUGUGGAAUGGUUAAGAUUAGGAUAAAGGAUGAGGGAAUGUUUUGUGCUUAAAUUUAGUGUUCACAAAACACCAAAGAAAACAAUGUGUGUGUGUAGCUGGUACAGCUGUAUCUGUGAGGACAUUGGUUUAGGAAUAUUGUUUUGGGGCCACUUUGUCCUUGUGGAGACAUUUUGUCCACAUCCACAUUGAGUUAGAGGUUAUUUGAGAUUCAAGAUUUAGUUGGAGUUAGGAUUAGAAUUGGAAUGAGAAACAAGUUAAGGGGAGAGAGAGAGAGAGAGAGAGAGAGAUGAGGAGGUCAGAGGUCAAGGCUCAGGUGCUACAAAGAUUCAAACAGCAUUAAUAUUUGACCUAUGUUACAGAUAAGUAUAAGGUCUGUACAUCACAGUCGCAAAGCUGAUGCAAAUAUGUAAAUAUGGUUCUGUUUUGGGGGGGGGAGAAUAAUUACUGUGUGUGGUUGUAAGUGUACACAGGAGAGUUGGUGUAUUCACUACCAUGGCUUUAAAUCUGAUCACAUUUACUGUGAUUUUAAUCCAGGGACUUUAACCGUUUUGAUUUCAAUUAGUCAAUUUGCAAAACGGAGUUUCCAUGUGGAGCUACAUUUGUGUUACUAUUCACCAGCAAACAGCCCAAGUGUGGUACAAGGUACAUUUCCUGAGUAUAUUUCCUGAUUUUCUGUCUUGGUUUUUGUUGCACAGCUGGACAGUGUGCUGAUGUUGUAUGUUUGAAGAGAAUGGGUUUCUGCAUAGAUUUUUUUCGUCCUCACUAUCGUUUAUUAUCGGUGAAGAAAAGAGCUUGGAUCUCCUCACUAAUCUCCACUGUCAACAUGAAGCACAUGUAUUGUUUGUGUGUACAGAAUGUGUAACUGUUAGCAAUCUGAAGACUGUACAUCAGGCGUAUGCACCAGGGUGAGGUCACCAUUCCCGCUUUGUACACUUGCAUUCAGAUGAAUGAAGUUACUGCUAAUUGUUAGCACUCUUUAGCCUGAGAAGUGUAAAUAAUGCAAGCAAGGCACAAAGUAAGAAGUGUGAGCACCACCUCAGCCUUUACACUGCUGUGAAGUCUUUGUUAUAAUGCACUGGUUUGUCAGACUGUGCGUCCUCAUCAGCACACAAAUUAAAUGAAUCAUAUGUACAAAAAUAAAGACUUUUGAUGGAAAA